GAAAUGGGUAAAGAAAAUGAUUCUGAGAACUCAAAAAAAAGGAGAAAAUCAAUCAGCGGAAAUUCUGGUUUAUCUCUAAAAGAUGGAGAUAUGUAUAAGGUUAUAAUUAGUUACGAAGAGAAGGAAGCUAUAGAACGUUUACCAGAAAGUGACUCUGAAAACUUUUUGUCUUCUUGUGAUAACAUACGUAAAGCUAUGAAUAUAAUUGCAAAACUGAAAGCUAAUGGAGAAAUAAAUGUCAAAGAUGAAACACGUGAGUUGCAAAUUCAAACAUCAUUAGCUUUCAUUGAACUCAAAAAAUUGAAUAGAAUGGAAAAAUUUCGUACAAAAUUUGCAAGAGAUUCUCUUAUAUCUUCAAAAAGUAGUGUUGAUAGUCGGCAUUUACAUUUACAAAACUUGUUGUAUGAAGUAAUGCAUUUAAAGAAAGAAGUUGUUAAAUGUCUUCAAUUCAAGUCUAAGGAUGAAUUGAUACAACUUGUACCAGAAGAAGAAUUUUAUAAAGAAGCACCUGAAAAUAUUUGCAGACCAGAAAUCACAAAGCACAAUCCUCAUCAAUUAAGACUUGCACGUUUAGAAUGGGAACUGACACAAAGAAAACAACUCGCUGCUUUAUGUGAUGAACUGACAGAAAAUAAAAAAGUAGUAGCAUCAAGUAUUGAUUCUAAACAAACGCGUCUUGAAAAUCUUGCACCACAACUUCGUUCAAUAUUAGAAGCAAGUAAGACGUUACAAGAGAGUCUUGGUUUGCCUUUAGAUAAAAUUAGACAAGAACAUCAUAAAGCAACAUUACUUGCAUCACCACUGUAUGUUCUUUAUGCAAAGGCAUCUGCAUACAGGGAUGCAUAUGACCAUUCUAUAAUAGUGAAAGUGGAAGGUGAUGAAGAAGAUGCAAAGCGUGCAAGUAAUCAAGAUGGAUUGCAAGAGUCUGAUUCAGAUCCUGAAAUUGUCUCUGAAAAUGUGAUAGAAGAAACUCCUGUACACAAAAAAAGACACUAUAGGUUAUCUAGAGAAGCCAGACAGGAGGAGAAAAAAACUAAACUAUUACAGAGACACCCUUUAAAUGUGAAGAUAAUUAUUAAAUUAAAAAAUGAAACAAAACUGACGUUGCAAUUUUUUUAUAUGAUGUUUCUGAAAGUUGUAACUGUGGAAUCAAAAUUAAAAACUGAAGGUAUUGGAGGCAUUAGCACUAGAGACAUGCUUGUAUCAGAAUCGAUUUUACGCGAACUGUAUCCACGGGAUUUAGGAUUAGAAAGUCCAAAUCCUGCUAAUUAUUAUCAGUUAAGCCGACAUAAUUUGGGUCAGUUUUCAUCACUUGGAUUAGGACUUCCAUAUAAAUGGGCGCAAAGAAUGGCUGGAUUACACUUCAUUUCGCCUGAUGCUCGUGAACAGAAGCUUACGAGUUAUGAAAUAACACAAGAUAAUGUUGAAAGUGUACUAAGAGAAAUUAAGAGGCGUGUGAUAGCAAGAUUAGAAUUGUGCAUGGAGAUUCGACAAUUAGAAUCCGGUAAUUUACCGAUAUUUACUAAUAAUAAUGACCUUUUACCUCAAAAACUUAGUACGAUUUUACAAAAGUUUUCAACAAUUUCAUGGAAUAGUUAUUGUAAUUCCGUAAAUUCCACUUUUCAAGAACAAGGAUUAGUAUCUUCAUUGGACAUGUUUUAUGAAGCUAUACUACGUCGAGGAAAUAACGAAUUAAUUGCAAAAAUAGCUAUAAAGCCUGAUUAUCCAAAAAUAGCACCAGUAUUUAACAUAAGUAUGAACCCUAUGGUACCUGCAUCUGCUGAUGUUUUAAGAGACAUUGAAAGAGAAGUGAAUAUUAUGUGGGUAAAACCGCCAACAUUAUCUGCACAACUUCAACGAUUGCGAGCGUGUUUUGACAUUUAUUUAGAAUCAGAAAAUAUUGCACCCAAAGAUAAAAUUUUCUUUCAUCCUGUAAGGGGUCGGACUCGUGCGAGGCCAUAUAAAUAUUUAGAAUUAGGCGGUGGAAUUUUUAUUCACCGUUAA